UUAUCCUACUAUGGUGAAGACUUGGUCCUUAAUAUUCAUGAUAUGAAUCUUCGCCACUGGAAGAUCAACAACGCAGCGUCAACAAUAUUAAUGAAUAUUCAUUAGCCUACAUCAUCAUUGGAAGAUUGCGAUGCAACGCCGUGCUCUGCACUUAUUAUAAAACCUUUGCCGUACUAGAAUUCGUAACUCCGCUGAUGGGGAUUUAUAGUUUUGGUAGACCGCGGAUAAACACAAAUUAGUGCGCACAAGUCUCAGUUUUGGCAACUAAGAGCGCAAGCUCAAAAAUAAGAAGAAGGAGGAAAAAGAAGAAAAAAAAUACACGGAUGACAAAUCUAACGCAAGGUGUGCGCUCUGCUUCGGGUGUUUCUACAUCUUAGCUUCAUUCAGCUGUGUCAGAUUUAUUUAACAGUUGCUGGCUUUAAUUUUAUACGCGCAUUAUGGAGUACUGGAGGCAGUGCAGCUUGUGGCUGAUCGAUUGUAAAGUUUUGCCCCGGAGUCAUCGGGUCACGGCCGACUCGGCGCAGGUUUUUGAUUUGGCCCAAACUCUUCGGGAUGGGGUGCUUCUGUGCCAGCUGCUGAACAAUCUCAGACCCGACACCAUUAACUUGAAAGAGAUCAAUCUCAGACCACAGAUGUCACAGUUCCUCUGCCUGAAGAAUAUUCGGACGUUCUUGUCUGCAUGCCGCGAUGCAUUUGGGAUGAAGAAGAGUGAACUGUUUGAUGCUUUCGAUCUCUUUGAUGUCCGAGAUUUUGGAAAGGUCAUUGACACCCUAUCAAAACUGUCUCAUAUGCCUUUUGCACAGCAGAUAAGAAUCAGGUCAUUUCCCACAGAGGAAAGCACUGAAAAUGAAGACAUGUAUAUCCAUUUGGCAGAUCAGAUUGAUAAUGAGGAUCUGGAGGAAGAUAUUUAUGACCCUGUGUAUGGAGAUGUGGAGGGAGGAGAGGUGUAUGAAGAUCUGAUGAGGACAGAGGCUGCUGCGUCUGAAGCGAAACAGGCCGAGGUGGAUAUCAGGAGCUGCUGUCUUCUCGAGAUCAAACAGACAGAAGCCAAAUACACUGAGACCCUGGAGACCAUCGAGAAGUACUUUAUGAUUCCACUGAUAAAAUUCAUCUCCGCAAUAGAAAUCGACAAGAUUUUCAUCAAUAUACCAGACCUGGUUAAAGUUCACAAAAACCUACUGACUGAGAUUCAAGACUCGGUUCAAAAUAAAAAUGCAGAAAACCUCCACCAAAUCUUCAUUCUUUACAAAGACAGGCUUCUGCUUUAUGGAAAAUACUGCAGUCAUGUAGAACGUGCCAUCUCUCUGUUAGACUUCAUCUGUAAGGAAAAAGAGGGUGUUCGACUGAAACUAGAGGAAUGUUCAAAGAGAGCCAACAAUGGGAAAUUCACUUUGAGAGACUUGCUUGUGGUUCCCAUGCAGCGAGUGCUUAAAUAUCCACUACUGCUUCAGGAAUUGGUGAAAUAUACUAAUGACAACACAGAAAAGAGCAACCUGCGAUUAGCCCUUGAUGCCAUGAGAGACUUAGCCCAGUAUGUAAAUGAGGUGAAAAGAGACGUUGAGACUCUGAGGGAGAUUGAUCAGUAUCAGAGAUCCAUUGAUAAUAUGAACCAGUGCUUACUUUCUUAUGGAAGACCGAAGGGGGACGGUGAAGUCCGUUUGGUGUCAAAUGUGGACAAGCGCAGACAGGACAGACAUAUUUUUUUGUUCGACAUCGCUGUAAUUGUCUGCAAGAGGCGCGGGGACAACUAUGAGAUGAAGGAAGUAAUCGACCUCAACCAUUUCAAGAUCACCAAUAACCCCACUACUGAUAAGGACUGCAGAAAGUGGUGCUAUGGGUUCUACCUCACUCACCAACAGGGGCAGAAUGGGUUUGAGUUCCUGUUCAAGACAAAAGAGCUGAAGAAGAAAUGGCUGGACCAGUUUGAGAUGGCCAUAUCUAAUAUUCGACCUGAGAAUGCCACAUUUAACUCUCACAACUUCAGGAUGCACACUUUCGAGAGGGCCACCAGCUGCAGCUCUUGUCAUAUGCUUCUCAGGGGAAUUUUUAAUCAAGGCUACCUUUGUCCUAAAUGCGGAAACGGGGCUCAUAAGGGUUGUCUUGGAAAACUAGGAGCCUGUGGAAGGGCAGGUAAUGGUGCUGCUGUUCAAAAACCACAGAGAAAGACAACACCUAGGAAACAAGAAGACCAAGGUUUGCCAAAAAUGAUGGUAAUCAGAGACUAUUUUGGGGUUCCCAGUCCUUCGGGUGGACCGCCGCUGAAUGCUCAGAUUGGUGAUGUCAUAGAGGUCAUCUGUGCCGAUCCUCACAGCUCCUGGUGGGAGGGCAAAAUCCUGACAACGCAAGAGACCGGCUUCUUUCCAAGUGAUGCAGUCAAACCCUGCCCAUGUGUACCGAGGACAGUCGACUAUUCAGCUCAACCCUGGUUUGCCGGGCCCAUGGAGAGGCACCACGCAGAGUCUGAGCUCAUGGAGAGAGAGAACAGCACCUUCCUGGUGCGAAACAGGAGCCGGGAGAGCAGAGAGUACGCUAUCAGCAUCAAGUACAACAGUGAUGUGAAACACAUUAAGAUCCUCACCAAGGAGGGCUGCUUCUACAUUGCUGAAAGCAGGACAUUCAAGACUGUGUUAGAACUGGUCGAGUAUUACAAACAGCACUCUUUGAAAGAGGGUUUCCGUUCUCUGGACAUUUCUCUGCGGGUGCCCUAUAAGGAGCUUGGUAGUGGACUCGCACCUGCUGCUCCAGUGCUGUGUGGGCUUUCCGUUUUGAGUCCCACCAGCUACAGUUUUGUUCCUCCCUCCCCCUCACCCUUCUGGUCAGUGUUGACCCCGAGAGUGCUUGGCAUUGCACUUGCACGAUAUGAUUUCAGCUCCAGAGAUACACGGGAACUCUCUCUGCAGGUGGGCAACCUGGUGAAGAUAUAUAUCAAAUGCACCAAUGGAUGGUGGAAAGGUGAAGUCAAUGGCCAGGUGGGAUGGUUCCCUUCAAGUUAUGUGGAGGAAGAGGAGUGAUCAGCGCAGGACGUUAUCCUCUCUAUGCUGUGACAUUGAUAGGCCACUUGUUGGCUUUGGACAAGAAACGUAAUAGCGAACAGUGCACCCUUAUUUAAGCGAAGCACCACAAACACAGCAAUUAUCAGCCUCCUCUAAUGGGAUCUGGUGGACUGCGGUUGAGAACUGCAGCGUGAUGCAUCCGAGGCCCCGUCGGCUUUGACUGUUUAAUUAGUUAUGAAUGUCCCUCGCUGCUCCACAUUCAAUCCAGACAUCUCUUUCUCUCACUCUUUUCCUCCCUCUCACCCUGUCACCUCCUGAAAUCUUCACACAGGGCCUGGGGCCCCCCUCUUUGUGCCUGUUUAAAAUUUAAACUCCAUUUCUGUGCUGUGCCGGACCUCCCAUAAACUCAGGAGUGGCACGCAGAGAGAAAAGCCCUGAGCUGGCCAUUUUUCCCCUCACUCGGCGACCUUUACGUGGUGCUUUCAGCUCACCUUGUGCUAUAAUUGAUGAUUUCAUUUGCCCGUCUGACUCGGCAAAGUUUGGCCUGGGUGAGACGGAGCGCAGUGCUGUCACGAAGCCUUCCUCCCUGCCUCCUCCUCUUCAGGCCUGAUAACACUUAGCGGCGCUGCUCUCUCAGGGUGCUCAGGGCACUGCGUGGUGACAGGAGGCCUGUCGUUCAGUGCGAUAUCCAUCUUAGCCGGCCUAACGUGCUGCGCUUUGAUCAGUCAUUGCUCAGUCUGUUCCUGAACCUCAGGUGCUCCCAAGCAGAAUGCUGGCACUGAUUUUGGACUGAAGUCAAUUCCUUCUCUUGUCAUGCAAUGGAACGACUUGUUAAUGCUGUGGUGUUUGGGGCACUAAGGCUCCCAGACACUGCAAAAAAAUUAUUUGGCGAGGUUUAUGUCUCUUACAAAAAAAUCUGCUAAUGGAAAAAAACAAAAUUCAAUACCGUUCAAAAGUUUGGGGUCAGUACGAUUUUAAUUUUUAAAGAAAUUAAUACUUCAUGAAUACUUCAUCAGGGACAUAUUCAUUUGAGUGGCAAUAUGUUAUGAAAGAUUUGUAUUUCAAAUAAAUCCGGUUUUUGUUUUACUUUCUAUUCAUUUAAGAGUCCUGA